AUGGCCUUCAACGGCCAAACACCAACGAUUGUCGUGCUGAAGGAAGGCACCGACGCUUCUCAGGGCAAGGGCCAGAUCAUCUCCAAUAUCAACGCUUGCGUUGCUGUGCAAUCUACAGUCAAGAGCACUUUGGGUCCCUAUGGCGGUGACCUCCUGCUUGUGGAUAGCAAUGGCAAACAGACGAUUACCAACGAUGGCGCAACCGUCAUGAAGUUGCUCGACAUCGUACACCCCGCCGCCCGCAUUCUUACAGACAUUGCCCGAUCUCAAGACGCCGAGGUUGGUGAUGGAACAACCUCCGUGGUUGUCCUCGCCGGUGAGAUUCUCAAGGAGGUUCGUGACUUGGUCGAGCAGGGCGUCAGCUCGCAGACCAUCAUCAAGGGUCUUCGGCGCGCAGGUUCCAUGGCCGUGAACAAGGUCAAGGAGAUCGCGGUGGAUAUACUGGACUCGGCAGGAAGCGAGGAGAAGAAGAUUGAGACUCUCCGACGAUUGGCGGCGACCGCGAUGAACAGCAAGCUGAUCAAGCGCAACUCGGAUUUCUUCACAAAGAUGGUCGUGGAUGCAGUCCUCUCAUUGGACCAGGAUGAUCUGAAUGAGAAGUUGAUUGGCGUGAAGAAGGUUACCGGUGGUGGUCUGCAGGACUCUCUCUUCGUGAACGGUGUGGCGUUCAAGAAGACAUUCUCUUACGCUGGAUUUGAGCAGCAGCCCAAGUACUUCAAGGACCCAAAGAUUGUGUGUCUUAAUGUGGAGCUGGAGCUGAAGAGCGAGAAAGACAAUGCGGAAGUUCGCGUUGAGCAAGUUUCGGAAUACCAGGCUAUCGUCGAUGCCGAGUGGAAGAUCAUUUUCAACAAGCUGGAAGCUAUCUACAAGACUGGAGCCAAGGUCGUUCUGAGCAAGCUGCCCAUUGGUGAUCUUGCUACCCAAUACUUUGCGGACCGCGACAUCUUCUGUGCUGGCCGUGUGGCUUCUGACGAUAUGGACCGUGUCUGCCAGGCCACUGGUGCUGCUACCCAAUCCACUUGCAGUGACAUCCAGGAUCGUCACCUCGGUACUUGUGGUGCAUUCGAGGAGCGUCAGAUUGGUGGAGAGCGCUUCAAUUUGUUCUCCGAGUGCCCGGCUGCUAAGACGUGUACUCUUAUCCUGCGUGGUGGUGCUGAGCAGUUCAUCGCCGAGGUUGACCGAAGUCUGCACGACGCGAUCAUGAUUGUGAAGCGUGCUCUGCGCAACACCACGAUCGUUGCCGGCGGUGGCGCGACCGAGAUGGAGUUGUCAAGCUAUCUGCAUGGCUAUGCUGAUCGCAAUGUACCUCACAAGCAGCAGGCCGUCGUCAAGGCCUUCGCUAAGGCCCUCGAGGUCAUUCCCCGCCAGCUUUGCGACAACGCUGGCUUCGAUGCUACAGAUAUCCUCAACCGGUUGCGUGUGGAGCACCGAAAGAACAAUCUCUGGGCUGGUGUGGACUUUGACAACGAGGGCGUUCGGGACAACAUGGCCGCCUUUGUUUGGGAGCCUAGCUUGGUCAAGGUCAAUGCGAUCCAAGCCGCCGUGGAGGCUGCUUGCUUGAUUCUGAGCGUGGACGAGACGAUCAAGAACGAGGAGUCUGCUCAGCCCGGUGCUCCCGCCGGAGGUCUUCCUCCCGGCGCCGCCCAGCGCGCUCUCCGUGGUCGUGGUCGCGGAAUGCCUCGUCGUUAG